AUGUUUUAUGCCAUCAAAUCUGAAAUAUUUAUUUUGGGCAUAAAUGAAGUAACAGGUUUACCCUUGAAACAUCCACUAUUGAGAUUCAAUACAAUUCCAUACGAUCGAAACAACCGGGAACAGUUCAUGAGAGACCGCCUUGCUGCAAUCAAUUACUCAUUUCCUUACUCAAUUAAUUGCUUGAAAGUUUCAACGUUUUUAGAUAGAGAAGUAUUAGCCGUCACCACUGAUGAUGGAAGAAUACUAAUCUGGUUUACAGAUAUACUACUCGAAAGAUCAAACUGUUUUAUCCGUGACUAUAUCGAUAAAAAAGCUAAUGAUCGUUUGAAAAAUUUAAAUAGUUUCUCAAAUUCCCCAAGAAUAAAUUUGGAAUUUACUGAUCAAUUUAAUCACUCAAAUACUUCCAAUAAAGAGGACUUGUUUCACAACCAUCCCAAUUUUCAACUUAGAGUUGGCUUAUCGGCUUGGUCAAUUGAUUUUCAUAAUAAAUAUAACAUGAUUGCUGUUGGAGAUAAUAGUAAAACAAUCACCUUGUUUUAUUUAGCUACCGAACACAGUGAAGCAACUUUUUAUGCAGUAACAACAAAUGAAUUGAUGCAUAACAUACCUGAUAUUUCUUUUAUAAACAAUGAUGAAGAAGAUGAUGACGAUGAAUAUUAUGAUGAUGAUGAUGAUGAUGAUGAUAACGAAUAUUGGGACAAUGAUAAUCAAGAUAGUAAUUCGGAUGAGAAAAAUUCUGGCUCUUUUACAAAUUAUGAAAAUGGAAAAAAGAAAAACAUACAUUCACGCUUGAAAAGUAGUCCUGUAUCACAUAAUAUUGAUGAGAAACAAAAAUUAUUUCAAAAAAUGAAAAAAUUAUCUAAAUUAAAAUUCUCCAGAGUUAAAUUUUCAACUCCCAUCAUAAUUUCGCGUCAGGUUUUAGACGAAGAUGGAUGGACAGUCAAUACAAUAAAUAAAAAAUAUUUCAAAAAAGUUUCUUCAUUGAAUUUAUUGCUUGGAGAUACAUACAUUGAUCAAAGUGAAUUGAUUCAAUCAUUUUUAAAAAAAAGUGAAAUUUUAGAUGGAGAAAGUGAUCCAAUGGUAUCUGACGAUUUAGGUAUAUCAAAAAAUUUGCAUUUUUUUAAUCGGAAACGAAAAAAAACGUAUAAAAGUAUAAACGGAAAAAAAUACUGGCAACCAAUAGCAGAAUUAAAUAAUGAAUUUCAAAAACAUGUGCUAUUGGUUACCACCAAAACAAGAUUAGGAAUAUUCAAUCCAAACAAAUUAAUUUGCAAUGCUGGUACAAAUUCUAUAUUUUCCUUUAAUAUAGAUGAAAAUAAUUCAUUAUUAGAAAUACUAGAUGUAGACCAUGGUGGUCGAAUGGAAGAGCUUACCGCAGCAAAUCGAAUAUCAAUUUCAAUCUUGAUACCGGAUUUAUCUGCUAUUGUCAUUGCAACUCAAUCAGGUGUAAUUUCAGUUUUCAGAUUAACUACAUUCAGAGGAUUGUAUGGGUUUCGGCAAGAGUUAAUUUUUCCAAACGUUUAUAAAACAUCAAUCAAAGGACAUGGAAUGCUCAAAUCAAUAAGUGGGCUAGCUGUAAGAAAGGUGGGAUUCAGUGAUAGCUAUGUUGAUUUGAAUGAUAAUGCGCAGCGAAAAAAUGGAAUCUAUUCGCAAGACAAAUAUUUCAUCUAUGUUACUUAUAUCAAUGGGGAAACACUAUGUUAUGAAAUAUACGCAGAAGAAGAUAAGCUGAUUCUUAAUUCAUUAAUUAUAUAA